UGAAUUAGUGCCCGGUUUUUAAAAAUACUAUAAAAAACGGGCACUUUAAUUCAUGAAAGUUAACAUUGCCGCGUAUUUUUAAAAAUACUUACCUUUCUCUUGUACAAAGCUGGAUCACCGAUUCCCCGCCCGCAGUUCUUCUGUACAUACGUCACCAAUGACAAAACCAGCUUUCUCCAAUCCCCCUGGAACGUCCAUCUUGUGAGGCCACGCUGUGAUUCGAGGAGGCCGGUUUCGUAAUUGCUGUGUAAGUACAGCAGGUGGGGGGAUCAGCGAUCCGGCUUUGCACAAGAGAAAGCUGAUUGAUUUGCGGUUUCCUUCAAGGGUAAACUUCAUGCAAGGCCAGAAUGGUAGAAGUGAAGAUAUUGAGUGGGGGGCUAUCAACUGAGCUGGAAGCUGCUGGCUUUCUUCUGCAGGGGGAUCCACUUUGGAGUGCCAGACUCCUUCACACCAAUCCUCAGGCGAUAAAGAAUGUACACACAAGUUUUCUCAGCAGCGGUGCGGAUGUUCUCAGCACAGCAACUUACCAGGCAAGCAUUGAAGGCUUCAAAGACCAUCUUGAGCUUAAUGUAGAAGAAGCAGCAAAACUUAUUCACGUGGGAGUCCAAAUAGCUAAAGAAGCUGCUGAUGAGUAUAAUAUGCAAUCACCAGUGAAGAAAGAAAUUAUAAUUGCCGGAUCUAUUGGGCCAUAUGGUGCAUUUCUGCAUGAUGGAUCCGAAUAUACAGGAAGCUAUGUGUCCAACAUGAGUACUGAGGAGUUAAAAGAUUGGCACCGGGCACAGAUGCAGUGCUUAGUCUCAUCUGGGGUUGAUAUGUUAGCCCUGGAGACAAUCCCAAGCCAAAAGGAGGCUGAGGCACUUGUUCAGUUGCUCAGAGAGUUUCCCAAUAUGAAAGCAUGGCUAUCCUUUUCAUGUCAGAGCAUUACUUCUACCGCCUAUGGGGAUAUAUUUGGAGAUGCUGUUAGAGUUGCCAUGGGAUCCAAUCAGCUUGUAGCCAUUGGAGUUAACUGCUGUUCUCCUGCGUUUGUUGGCCCACUCCUAGCUUCUGCCAAUAAAAACAAUGAUCUGGAUAUCAAAUGGAUUGCUUACCCCAACAGUGGAGAGGAAUGGGAUCAUAGUUUGGGGUGGAAAGGCUGUAAUACAAAGAUGCCUCUUACUGAGCAUGCUGUGGAAUGGGUUCAGCUUGGAGCUAGAUGGAUUGGUGGAUGCUGCCGGACAUCUCCUUCUGAUAUUGCAAAUUUGGAAAAGGUUCUGCGGCCAAAGCCAGGUCACAUUGACCAAACAAAUGACCUGUAGAUGAAGGAUGGACUGUAAUAUAAUGUAAAAUUAGUCAUUACCAUUUUCUGCUUGAUUUAAUCUGAAAGUAAAUGUGUCUCUUAUUAUUUGUGUAAACAUAAUUUGCAUCUGUAUGUGCACUUUAUUUUUUUUUUUUUUAUGAAAAUCUGCUGAUUACAAGAACAAAAUCUCUUACUGGUCUGUGCAGAUUUGUUUUUCUUGUCAACUAAUUAGAAGUAGCACCAAUAUGUAUAUGAUAAAAGAUGUAGCAUUUCUAGCCAUUUCUCCAGUAUUAAUAAAUGACAGGCAAAUGUUACUAAUUUUAUCAGGACUUCAAAAACCUCCAGCUUGGGAGACCACUUGAAAAUAGCCACUAGACUAAUUCUUGUAUAUUACUAAGACUAAAAACAUAAAUGAACAAUCUAUGCAACUUUACUAUUGUUCACCACCCUCUACUUACCAUUUUAAAGAUUGGUCUCUCACAAAGUAACCCCUAAAUAGUGCUUGCAAAACCAGGAUAAUUUAAGGGGAGUCAAAGGUGUAAACUAAUUAAUACAUGAAGUGUCCAUUGGAAAGAUGCAAAAGUGUAAUUUAUGUGUCUAGUUUUACAGAUAGCAGAGACAUGAAUUUAUUCUGAAAGUUAAUUUAAUACUACUGUAAAGGCUGCACCGUGUACAAUCAUCAUAACAUUCUAGUCUUUGUAUUAGUUUAUGGACAAAUCACUAGCUGAUUCCCUUUUAAAGGAAAAGUAAACUUUUUUCAAUAACCAGG